AUGGAGGGAUUCUCCUCAAAUUUCACCACGACUUCCUCUAUUGAAGACGAAAGUUCAGAAGAUGAUCAACAGCCACACGUCGACAUGUCGUUUGCCAAAGGGUUUAUGACAUUCGUCUACAUUCUUGUCUGUCUUGUUGGAACACCGGGAAACCUAUGGAUUAUCUAUAAACUAUUCCGUGCUAAGCUUUGGAGUGGUGCUUCAGUUCAAUUGACUGUAUCUCAAAGAUCUCGAAUCUAUAUUUUCGCUCUCGCCUGUUCAGAUCUCCUCCUUCUUCUAACUCUUCCUCCAACUGCCAGUUACAACUACAACGGAACUUGGGUGUUCGGAUCGGCAGCCUGUUACAUCAUUCGUUCGGUUGAAAUCUUUGCGAAACUAUUCUCGGUGAUCCUGUUGACUGUGAUGAGUUUGGAGAGAUAUAUCAUUGUUUGCACGAGACUUCGUCAUGUAUACCGUGCCUGGAUGUCUUUGGUUCCUCUUGGUAUUGGCACAGUCCUCGGAGUUCUUGUCCCAACUAUUAUGCACUAUCUAUAUCUUCAACAUUUCACUGUCGGAUACGAAGGAUCAGAAGUCACUUGGGUUUGUCUUCCCAUCAUGACAAAUGAGGUCUUCAACACAUUCGCUCAAUACACAUUUGCCGUCGGUUUCAUCAUUCCGUUCGCCAUAAUGACUGCUUGCUAUAUACUGCUCGUUCGUCAUGUCAAGUCGAAAUAUAAGAUGCGUCGAGCUCAGCAGACAACAACAUUGGCGAAAUCGGGAAAAGAGCCAAGAUAUAUGAGUGAAGUGAGGAAGAGCAUUUGGAGAAUCGCCGUCUUUCAUUUCGUUUGUUGGGCACCGUUCUGGGGAUUCACUAUGUUGCCGAAUUUCAUAUAUCAAAUUGAUCAAUACUUGAACGGAGAUCAUGAAGAAGAAAGUGGUGGAGAGAGCAUCUUUUUGGUCUAUUGUCGCUUGGUAGCAAACUGUCUUCCGUAUAUCAAUGCAGCAGGGAAUUGGGUUCUCUAUGCUCUUCUCAACGUGGAUGUUCGUAAGCACAUUUACAAUCAACCAAAGAAGAAGAGAAAGUUCACUCUGAAAUUCAAUCCAGUCAACACAUCGUCCAACUGUUAA